AUGUUGCCAUACAUGCUGGAAGAGCGCAUGCAUCAACCUCCCCAGCAAACCCAACGUCUCACCUCCCUUUCACUGGCUCUGCACGGGAUCGUAUCCGCCUUUGGCGGUCCCCUUCUCGGCCAUUGGGCCGAUCAAGCGCCCAAUCGCCAAAUCCCUUUCCUUAUUUCCCUGAUCGUGUGCAUCAUCGGAACGGUGAUGGUCGCCUGUGCGACCGAUCUGGGCGUCUUCUUCGUGGGUCGAGUCCUGCAGGGCGUUUCGGGAUCGGGGACGUGGAUUGUCGGACUCGCAACGGUGGCGGAUAGUGUCGCACCGGAGCGGAUCGGGGUCACGACUGGGGUGGUGAUGGCCUUUGUGAAUGCGGGUAUGAUUGUUGGACCGAUGGUUUCGGGUCUCACGCUGGAGCUGGCCGGGUAUUGGUUCACUUGGAGUGUGCCGGUGGUCUUUCUGGUCUUGGACGUGGUGGCUCGGCUUUUGAUGGUGGAAAAGAAGGAAUUGGCGACCAAGUCGGAGACUGAUGUGGCGUCCUCGGAGGUGGAACCGCUGCUGCAGAGUCCAGGUUCAAACGACGAUGCAGAAGUUGCUGUUGAUGAGAAUGGUGAUGUUGUUCGUGAGGGCGAUGGAACUGCCCCAUCUGCCAACUUCUGGCGCAUGAUGCUCGGUAACAGUCGUGUGGUGACCUCUCUACUCAUCAGUGUUUGGGGCCCAACCUUGAACACCAGCUUCAAUGCCACGCUACCGCUUCACGUGCUGGAUGUCUUUGGCUGGAGUCCUUCGCGCGUGGGUUUGAUGUUCCUGCUCUUGUCCUUGCCGAGUCUACCGAUCAGUCCCUGGGCCGGGCAUCUGCGAGACCGUAUCGGGACUCGUCUUCCUGCUACCAUCGCCCUCGCCUCUCAAGCGGUGUUCCUGGUCCUGUUGGGAUUUGCUGGAAACCAGCAAUUUGAAUGGUCCAGCACGGGCGAGCGCGGCAAAGCUCUGUACAUUCUCUGUUGCGUCACGUUUGGCAUCAUUCGUCCCUUUAUCUCGGGGAUCGGCCCCGUGGAAUUGACCUUUGCCGUUAAGGCAGAAGAAGCGAAACGUCCCGGCGUUUUUGGACCCCAAGGUGGUCUAUCGAGGGUCUUUUCAUUGCUCGAAGUGGCUGCAACGAGUGGGAUGACUCUUGGCCCGGUCAUAUCUGGCGCCUUGACGGAGCGUUUUGGGUACUACAUUAUGUGUUGGACACUGAGUGUGCUCGCUAUCGUCAUGGCCAUCCUCGCUCGCCUGUUCUUGGGUUCCAAAAAAACAGAGUUGGGAAAUAACCGGGCGUCCGGGCAGGAGGUGGGGACUGGAAUAUGA